AUGGCAGCGAAACGUAUGAAGAAUGAUCGAGGCCGGGUCGAAUUCGCGGAACAAGUGUGUACGACAUAUAGCCACUCUGCACUUAAGAAAAUUAUCGCUCAAAGCGAUGUUCAUCUUGCGAGAAUCGACAAACCCCUUCUUGUGUUUAAAGUGUUCUAUUUCUUCCUCUUUGGCGCAAUCGCCACGGCCUUCCCGUUUUUACCUUCGUAUUUUGGACAGAUUGGUUUCUCAUCGUCUCAAAUCCAAGCUCUUACUUGGGUAAGACCGGUUGUACGACUUUUGUCCAGUCCAGUUUGGGGAAUUUUGGCGGACCGCUGGUUACCCAAGAAAAUGAUGCUUCAGUUUUGCACCUUCGUUUGGCUCAUAGGGACUAUUUCAUUAGCUUUUGUCGAGCCCACUAGUCAGAUGUGCCAACUUAUUUCCCUCAACGACACAAAUUUGAAAGUUAUCAAUUCUACAGAGAUGCAAACCGGAUUUUUUCGGCGGAGAAGAACGGCUGAGUUCUUCGAGAUGCGGUCCAAGCUGAUUCCUAAAGUACUUAAAGUAAAUUUGACUUCUGGUGGCUCAGAGAGUGUGGAAGUUUCGUUCGGGUCGGGCGCAGACACUGCAGCAGUAUCACAGGAAAACGAAGCAUCUGGCAGUGGAUUUAUUAUCGAUUCUUUGCAUCCCAACAAAAGAAUGGACGAAUUUAACAAUACUGAUACAAAUAAGACUCACGACUUCAUAAAAAUUUUAUUCCCCCAUCAUAAAUCAAACUCUAAUGACACGCCCAAUCCCAACGAGUUUAACUUCACCAUACGAAACGAACUCAGAGAAAAUACCUCCAGGUUAUAUCAAAUAUUUCUUGGGGCCAUAGCGAUCGUCGUGUUUGAAGAGAUCUUCAUGUGUCCAGUGAUGUUUGUUGCUGACGCAGUUUUACUGGCCAAACAGACAGAAGAGGGUUCUCUUGUUGUAUAUGGAUAUCAACGGGUUUUUGGCUCUAUCGGCUUUUUGAUAUUCUUUUUAAUCACUGGAUCUUUAGUGAAUGAUUCUUUUCGCCCGGUCUGUGGACAUAUGUAUGCGGACUAUGUCAUUAACUUCUGCUUUUACUGUGUUUUAACAAUAAUUACGUUGUUGGUGUUGAUCAAGUUCGAAGGACCAUCAAGACGUCCGGAGGGUUUUCCGUACGAGACGCUUAAAACUAUUUUUCACAACAAACACUACGGAUCUUUCUUUGCUUCUGUGGCUUUUUUAGGGUUUUCACAUAUCGUGAUUUCGAAUUUUCAUACCACAUAUCUCAUGGAAAGUAAUAUUGGACACUGGGCAUCUGCUACAAUAAAUGCCUUUCGUCUGCUAGGCGAGCCAUUAGCCUUCUUUGUCAGCCAUAAACUAAUAGCACAUAUCGGGAAUAUAAACAUGAUGUUUGCUUCACUCGUAUUGAACAUGUUUAAUCAUUUCGCGUGCUCAUUUGUCACCAGUCCCUGGCAUGUGAUUCCACUCGGCUUCCUUGAAGGCUUCACCUUUGGAGGUUCGUUUGUGGCGUGCGUUACUUAUCUGGCGAAAUCAUCUCCGGUUGAUUAUAUCACAACUGUACAAGGUAAUGAGCUCUGCCCUUAUGCCGUUUAAUAUGUUUUUUAGAGAUAAAAGAGAUAUCACAGCUCGUUACCACAGCCUUAAUGGAACAUUUUAGGUCUUUACAGCACAAAUGCCCCUAAAUGGCCUUGGUGCCGACCAUAGGAAGCGUCCUUUCGCCAAUUUCUUUACCAAUGUCUUAACCAGUUGUUUGUAACUGUUUGGUAUAUUUGUCAGCUGUUAGAUUUUUGUUAUAAAAUCUAGUUUGUUAUAAAAUCUAGGCUGUACACUGAGAUUUGUCGUGCACUAUUCCUAGCUAGCCAUAUUGUCUCAUUUUAAAUAGCCUAUCACUUUUUUAUUAUAAUACGAACUUCUCCUUUUUCCCAGGUGUGUUUCAAAGCGUCUACUGGGGCGUGGGAGGUAUACUAGGCCUUCUUAUUGGAGACAACCUGAUACAUGCUGCCGGACCGACAAUCGCGUUCCGUCUCUUCACAAUGUUGGCCGUCAUGUUUAUAAUCGUCUUCACCUUCGGUUUAAGAUACGUGAACUUUCGAGAUCGCAAUUAUUACUCGGUGCUGCUAAACACUUUUAAUAUCUGCACAGAUACCAUGGACACUCAGCCGAUGAAUAAUGGAGAUGAAGGUGAAAGGAUACCCGAAGAGUUUAAUGCUUGCGAGCAGAUGACACAGGCAACCACUUUGGAGAACAGAGCUAAAUCGUCACAGCAAAGAAAUCCUGAAAUCCACUGUGAAUCCUUAUCGUAUUGA